UUAAUGUAAUUAUUCAGUAUUUGAUAUGUAGAUCUCUUUCCUUUCAGCUCUUCUUCCACCUAAACUGACAAUGAAUCCACUGGUGAUCACAGAGACAGAAACAGUCACUCUGGACUGUCAGACUGCAUCAUCUGUUCCUGUGUCUCGGUGUUAUUUCUACACUUUAAGUGGAGGACUUACCGGAGUCUUCUCUUGUCUGCAGACACUGACGGGGACUGAGCUGCUGAAGAUGGCACGUCAAAGUCCACCUGCUGAGGUUGAAGUGAAAUGUUAUUACACUGUAGAUCUUGGAGAGAAAAAAUAUUCUCCUGACAGUGACACAUCCUCCAUCACCAUACAACCAUCUCUUCAACCUAAACUGACAGUGAAUCCACCGGUGAUCACAGAGACAGACUCAGUCACACUGAUCUGUCAGACUCCAUCAUCUGUUCCUGUGUCUCAGUGUUAUUUCUACAUUUUAAGUGGAGGAACUGUCAAUAGCUUCUCAUGUCGUCAGACACUGACCGGAACUAAGCUGCUUUUGUUGGCAGAUCAGAAUUCACCUGCUGAGGUUAAACUGAAAUGUUAUUACAUUGUAAAGCGUGGAGAGAAAAAUGAUCCAUCUCCACACAGUGACGCAUCCUCCAUCACCAUACGCAGUCUGACUGUUACCAGGCCUCAUGCUUCCACUCUGGUAACUCCUGUAAAACGAACAUCAGAUUGGACUGUUGGGACGCCAAGUAGCACUGGUAGUUUUAUCUCUACUUUCCUAACAUCAGUGAAACCAGCAUCAGGUAAUUAUUCUGUUUUUCAAUAAUUCACACUGACUCUUUAAAAAAUGUUUAAGUAUAUACAAUAUAUUCACAUGUACAUUGAAUAUGUCUUAACAAAGCACAUACCAAUGCGAUGGUUGCUGAUUGGUCACUCAGCUAGUGUGUGAUGGAUAUGCAGGUGUGAAGUUGGCCUUCCUACUGUGCAGAUGCUAAUCACAUAUUUUCUGAUCUAGACAGCCCACAAAAAACUGACUGGGUUUUCUUAUUUCACAGUUUGUGGGUUGGUAGGCACUCCAGAUACCCAAAUAUACGUGCACAAGCACUGAAAAGUUUUUCAUUAUAUGUCCCCUUUAAUAUUUGUUUAGUAGCAGUACAAACAAAGACAAUAGUUUUAGUUAAUAUGUUUUUGUGC